GAGGAGGAGGGUGAUCCAAACUGAGCCGGGGUUGAAGGGUCUUGGGGGCAGCAUCACUUUCGAAAGUUUGUCUCGGUAAUUUCCUGGAGUCUCCAAACCACCAACCGAUCUGGUUUGUUUACAUUUUGUGACACAGGCGUGUAUGCGUUGGAUCAGCCAUUUACGAGACAACGCGCUCCAGCUCUGUCGGCUGGUGUUCAGAGACUCGGUUCAGUAAAUAUAAUGUUACCGAGCCGGGUUGGAUCGGCACCAUCUGGAAACGGAUCAGCUUCAGGCAGAGGUACUGCAGGACACGGCUCGGGUGUUGUGGGGAUCCGUCCCGUUUUGGUCAGAGCAGGACAAGCUUUACCGGGGGUCAGCGAGAGCACCGGUGCUGCCGGGCGACAGGGGGACAGAGACGCCAUCGGGAUGCUGGGGGCUAACGGUCCAGGCGGUCCGAGAGGUGCCAGACCGGGGAACGGGACUGGGGUGACCCCGCUACAAACCGCCGUACAGGGCAACAUGGUGGGGUUGAACCCGGGAGUUGUGUUGCCUCACGGAGCCAGGUUCGACCCGGACAGAGAGGGAGCUCCUCUGUGCAGCGGCUCGGAUAAUGACUCGGACUCCGGAGAUGAUGAUGACCCAGUGGGUUCACUCGGGGACAGCAGGAGAGGGGUGAAGCGGGAGAGAGGGGAGAUGGAGGCUGUGGUGACGGGGCAGGAGGUGGGCAUGCCUCCCGGAGCUUACGGCAUGGUGCCCGGAGGGGUCGCCGGGGCAAAGCCGGGGAAGAAAACACGUGGGCGCGUAAAGAUAAAGAUGGAAUUUAUUGACAACAAGUUGAGACGUUACACCACUUUCAGCAAGAGGAAGACUGGUAUUAUGAAAAAGGCCUAUGAACUCUCCACCCUGACGGGAACCCAGGUUCUGCUGCUUGUGGCUAGUGAAACAGGCCACGUCUACACUUUUGCAACCCGCAAACUCCAACCCAUGAUCACAAGCGAAACCGGCAAAGCCCUGAUCCAAACAUGCCUCAACUCGCCGGACUCGCCACCGCGCUCUGACCCUUCCACAGACCAGCGCAUGAGUGCCACAGGCUUUGAGGAGACGGACCUCACCUACCAGGUGUCUGAGUCGGAGAGCAUGGGUGACACAAAGGAUACACUGAAGCCAACGUUCACGGUAGCCAGUCUACCAGGCAGCACCAGCAGCACCCAGUGCACAGUACCCACCACCUCCACCACCAUGCAGGUGAGCAGCGGACCUUCGUUUCCCAUAACCAACUACCUGGCACCCAUCUCAGCCAGCAGCAACGUCAGCGCCAAUGGUACUGUCCUCAAGACCACUGGUGCCUCAGCGGGGGUCAUGCAGCUGCCCGGUGGCUUCACUUUCAUGCCUGGUAUGUAG